GGGGCAUUGGGGGCGGCGGUGGCUGCGGCGCAGCAGCUGAGCUCGGGGCGUCCCCGAGCGCAGGCGGCCGAGAGGAUGGCCUGGGCUGCGGAUGGGGCGCGCGCCCGUUGGCCGGGGCUCCCCUCUGAGUGGCCACAGCUUCUUCACCUCCCUGGGGGUCCGCCCCGUCGGCGCCGCUGAGGCCAAGGACAGACAGUCUGCUCUCCCCCGCUCAAACCGGGACCAUGACGGUCCCCAAGGAGAUGCCCGAGAAGUGGGCCCGGGCUGGGGCGCCUCCCUCUUGGAGCCGAAAGAAGCCCUCUUGGGGGACAGAAGAAGAAAGGAGGGCGCGGGCUAAUGACCGAGAAUACAAUGAGAAAUUCCAGUAUGCGAGUAACUGCAUCAAGACCUCCAAGUACAAUAUUCUUACCUUCCUGCCUGUCAACCUCUUUGAGCAGUUCCAGGAAGUUGCCAAUACCUACUUCCUGUUCCUUCUCAUUCUGCAGUUGAUCCCACAGAUCUCUUCCCUGUCCUGGUUCACCACCAUUGUGCCUUUGGUUCUUGUCCUUACCAUCACAGCUGUUAAAGAUGCCACCGAUGACUAUUUCCGCCACAAGAGUGAUAACCAGGUGAAUAACCGUCAGUCUCAGGUGCUGAUCAAUGGAAUCCUCCAGCAAGAGCAGUGGAUGAAUGUCUGUGUUGGUGAUAUUAUCAAGCUAGAAAAUAACCAGUUUGUGGCGGCGGAUCUCCUCCUCCUCUCCAGCAGCGAGCCCCAUGGGCUGUGUUACAUAGAGACAGCAGAACUCGAUGGAGAGACCAACAUGAAAGUACGUCAGGCGAUUCCUGUCACCUCGGAAUUGGGAGACAUCAGUAAGCUUGCCAAGUUUGAUGGUGAAGUGAUCUGUGAACCUCCCAACAACAAGCUGGACAAAUUCAGUGGAACCCUCUACUGGAAGGAAAACAAGUUUCCCCUGAGCAACCAGAACAUGCUGCUGCGGGGCUGUGUGCUGCGAAACACUGAGUGGUGCUUCGGGCUGGUCAUCUUUGCAGGUCCCGACACUAAGCUGAUGCAGAACAGCGGCAGGACAAAGUUCAAAAGAACGAGCAUUGAUCGCCUAAUGAAUACACUGGUGCUCUGGAUUUUUGGAUUCCUGGUCUGCAUGGGGGUGAUCCUGGCCAUUGGCAAUGCCAUCUGGGAACAUGAGGUUGGGACGCGCUUCCAGGUCUACCUGCCCUGGGAUGAGGCGGUGGACAGUGCCUUUUUCUCUGGCUUCCUCUCCUUCUGGUCCUACAUCAUCAUCCUCAACACCGUUGUGCCCAUUUCGCUCUACGUCAGUGUGGAGGUCAUUCGUCUGGGCCACAGCUAUUUCAUCAACUGGGACAAGAAGAUGUUCUGCAUGAAGAAGCGGACGCCUGCCGAGGCCCGCACCACCACCCUGAACGAGGAGCUGGGCCAGGUGGAGUACAUCUUCUCCGACAAGACGGGCACCCUCACCCAGAACAUCAUGGUCUUCAACAAGUGCUCCAUCAAUGGCCACAGCUACGGUGACGUGUUUGAUGUCCUGGGACACAAAGCUGAAUUGGGAGAGAGGCCUGAACCUGUCGACUUCUCCUUCAAUCCUCUGGCUGACAAGAAGUUUUUAUUUUGGGACCCCAGCCUCUUGGAGGCUGUCAAGAUGGGGGACCCCCACACACAUGAGUUCUUCCGCCUCCUUUCCCUGUGUCAUACCGUCAUGUCAGAAGAAAAGAAUGAAGGAGAGCUGUACUACAAAGCUCAGUCCCCGGAUGAGGGGGCCCUGGUCACUGCAGCCAGGAACUUCGGUUUCGUAUUCCGCUCUCGUACCCCCAAAACAAUCACUGUCCAUGAGAUGGGCACAGCCAUCACCUACCAGCUGCUGGCCAUCUUGGACUUCAACAACAUCCGCAAGCGGAUGUCAGUCAUAGUGCGGAAUCCAGAGGGGAAGAUCCGACUCUACUGCAAAGGGGCUGACACCAUCCUGCUUGACAGACUCCACCACUCCACCCAAGAGCUGCUCAACACCACCACUGACCACCUUAAUGAGUACGCAGGGGAAGGGCUGAGGACCCUGGUCCUGGCCUACAAGGAUCUGGAUGAAGAGUACUACGAGGAGUGGGCCGAGAGACGCCUCCAGGCCAGCCUGGCCCAGGACAGCCGGGAGGACAGGCUGGCCAGCAUCUACGAGGAGGUCGAGAGCAACAUGAUGCUGCUGGGUGCAACAGCCAUUGAGGACAAGCUUCAGCAAGGGGUUCCAGAGACCAUUGCCCUCCUGACGCUGGCCAACAUCAAGAUUUGGGUGCUAACGGGAGACAAACAAGAGACGGCUGUGAACAUUGGCUAUUCCUGCAAGAUGCUGACAGACGACAUGACAGAGGUGUUCAUAGUCACCGGCCAUACCGUCCUGGAGGUGCGGGAAGAGCUCAGGAAAGCCCGGGAGAAGAUGAUGGACUCAUCUCGCACUGUAGGCAACGGCUUCACCUACCAGGAGAAACUUUCUUCUUCCAAACUCACUUCUGUCCUGGAAGCCGUUGCUGGGGAGUACGCCCUGGUCAUCAAUGGCCACAGCCUGGCCCACGCCCUGGAGGCAGACAUGGAGCUGGAGUUUCUGGAGACGGCCUGUGCCUGCAAAGCUGUCAUCUGCUGCCGGGUGACCCCCUUGCAGAAGGCACAGGUGGUAGAACUGGUUAAGAAGUACAAGAAAGCUGUGACACUUGCCAUUGGGGAUGGAGCCAACGAUGUCAGCAUGAUCAAAACGGCUCACAUUGGCGUGGGCAUCAGUGGGCAGGAAGGGAUCCAGGCUGUCCUGGCCUCCGAUUACUCCUUCUCCCAGUUCAAGUUCCUGCAGCGCCUCCUGCUGGUGCACGGGCGCUGGUCCUACCUGCGCAUGUGCAAGUUCCUCUGCUAUUUCUUCUACAAGAACUUUGCUUUCACCAUGGUCCACUUCUGGUUUGGCUUCUUCUGCGGCUUCUCCGCCCAGACUGUCUAUGACCAGUAUUUCAUCACCCUGUAUAACAUCGUGUACACUUCCCUACCAGUCCUGGCUAUGGGGGUCUUUGAUCAGGAUGUCCCUGAGCAGCGAAGCAUGGAGUACCCUAAGCUGUAUGAGCCAGGCCAGCUGAACCUUCUCUUCAACAAGCGAGAGUUCUUCAUCUGCAUCGCCCAGGGCAUCUACACCUCCGUGCUCAUGUUCUUCAUCCCCUAUGGGGUGUUUGCCGAGGCCACCCGAGAUGAUGGCACCCAGCUGGCUGACUACCAGUCCUUUGCAGUCACUGUGGCCACGUCCUUGGUCAUUGUGGUUAGUGUGCAGAUUGGGCUGGACACAGGCUACUGGACGGCCAUCAACCACUUCUUCAUCUGGGGCAGCCUAGCUGUUUACUUUGCCAUCCUCUUUGCCAUGCACAGCAACGGGCUCUUUGACAUGUUUCCGAACCAGUUCCGGUUUGUGGGGAAUGCCCAGAACACUCUGGCCCAGCCCACGGUGUGGCUGACCAUCGUGCUCACCACAGUCGUCUGCAUCAUGCCUGUGGUCGCCUUUCGCUUCCUCAGGCUCCACCUGAAGCCAGAUCUCUCUGACACGGUCCGCUACACCCAGCUGGUGAGGAAGAAGCAGAAAGCCCAGCACCGCUGCAUGCGGCGGGUUGGCCGCACGGGUUCCCGGCGCUCCGGCUACGCCUUCUCCCACCAGGAGGGUUUCGGGGAGCUCAUUAUGUCUGGCAAGAACAUGCGGCUCAGCUCCCUGGCGCUGUCCAGCUUCACCACCCGCUCCAGCUCCAGCUGGAUCGAGAGCCUGCGCAGGAAGAAGAGCGACAGCGCCAGCAGCCCCAGCGGUGCAGCGGACAAGCCCCUCAAGGGGUGAAGGCUGGACUGGGUGCCCCGUGCUGGGGACCAGAGCAUGCAGGGCCGCUGCUCGCCGGGGGAACAGUCUCGGAACUGCUGGUCCUCACUCCUUCCUCCCUCCUCGUCCCACCAGGAGUGGCUGAGGGCCCUGCCACCAGCUGGGGAGGUGUAGGGAGUGGGCCAAGGGCAGAGCAGGGGCUGGGGGAUCAGGAACCAGCCCCAGAGGGGGAUCAGGUGUGGAACCAAAAAUAAGAAAAAACUGUGAGAGAUUGGGUCUGCCCCUGCCCUGCCCGGGAGCCCACAGGGAGACUGUAAUCUCGUAUUUUUUUACUCCUAUUCCCCAGAGGGGCCUAGCGCCCCUGUUCCUGAAUUACACAAGAAUGUAUCAUGCCGGGAAGCCAGAGACCUGCUGGGGCCUCUGGGCCCCUCACAUUGUGUGUGUCUCUCCUUGGUUUGUGUUGUGUCCCGUUUGGUUUUGUCUCUUUUAUUUGGCAAGUGGAGGAGGCCUUUAUGUGACUUAUAUUGUGGUUGGUGUCUUAACUCUCCUGGGAAGGGGAGGCUGGCACACACUGGGAUGCCCCAGCCCAGCUGGAUGUAGAGUGGUUUGGGAGGAGCCAGCUCCCUUGGGUGUCCCUACAGUGGCUAGUGCCCUUGUGGGACAGAGGAGCUGACCGGGGAGAGGUACCGGUCAGCCAGAGGGUGUCGGGAGAGUAUGAAGGAGGGUUUGGUCCUGUCUCCUUCCUCACCUUGAGAGUAAAGUGCUACCCUCUGCCCUCAACACACACCCACAUCAAUUCCUGGAUUCCGUAAGUCCUGCUGGUACUGGGCUGGACCCUGGGAAAGUGGCCCCAUCAUUCUCAGUGAGCUAAAGCUGGAUAUGAAAUUUGGUCCAAGAAAAAAAAUAGUUUUCAUUUUAAAUUUAGCCCCAAGUUCAUUAGCAGAUUCCCUUUUGACUCUCCUUUUCCCUCCUCAUCUGGUGCUUUCUUGCACCUGUACCCCAGGACCCUGAGGCAGGGCUGCAAGGGGAACCUGGCCUCUUUGCCCCCUUCUGGUAAGCAAGGGGCCCACCCCUCCAGGCCCAGCAUCUGGCAGGAGGGGGUGCAGUCCAGGUACUGGGUGGAGGAGGAGGAAGAGGGCGAGGCUGGGCCGGAGACUGCCUACUCAGUGCCUGGCGUGUUCUGGACAGGACUCCAUGGGAACCUCAGCACAGCCUGUCCCUGUUCUCUGCCCUCCACACCUGUGAAGCUAUUCCCCAAAUUAGGCAUUUUCUAGUUAGUUGCUACCUGAUCAGCCUUGGGAAGAAUCCUUUCCUCUUCUUUGGUCGUGGGGGUGGGGCGGCACUUCAGGAACGGUGUGGAGCUGGGAGUGGGGUGUGGGGAUUUUACGUGUUCCGUGUGGGAGCCCCAGAGGAGCUGGAGGUGGGGGCGGGGGCGGGAGAAGGGGAAGUCUUCACAGGGAAGUCCCUUUUGGCCACACAGUUUACAAACCCAGUAUCAUGUCUGUCUGUGUGUCUCUCAAGGUGAGAGUCUGAUUUUUAUACCAAAGAGGAAAUGAUUUUUUUUCAUAUUUGGUUUGUCUAUAUUAUAUAAAUAUAUAUAUACAGUUAUAUAUAUAUUAUUUUUUUGGUUCUCUCUCGUUUUUUAGGGAGGGAGGAAAGUACCAAGUUGCAUUGAGCUGUAAUUAAGGAACAUUAUGUAUAAUUUAUGACACAUUUCUAUACUUGCAAAAAUUAUAUCAUUUUAUGGAUAUAAGAGAAAAAUGCUUUUUAUAAAAUUUCAAUUUCUGAGAA